GUAAUCAAAAGAAGAUGGCUGCUCCCGUAAUGUGAGGGAUCUACAAUGGGGAGGGACCAAGGAAAACUCGGUUGAAAACGAGAUAACCUUGAAAGAAGUAAAACUGAUACACAGACUGGGAAAGAAGUUUGUUUAAAGGAGUCGGGUACUGAGUUGUUCCGGAGCCUAAGGGGCGGAGCCGACGCGUAGAGCAGCUUUGCGCAUGUGCAAUAGCUAGGCGGUUAGAUUUGAAUACCUCACCGAGGCAGUCGGGGCGUUGUGAGGUGAAGUUGGUGGGUGGCUGCGGGCUCUUUCUGAGGAGCGCGCGGACCCCAAAAAAGUCUGAGGAGCAUUUGUCAAGCAGUUGGACUGCGGUGGGUAAAGAGAAUGAUUCUUUCGUUCCAGGGUUCCGUGGCGGAGGCUUUAGGUUUUUUCUGGGCGCUCUGAAGGCCCGGCGGUCGGAGGUGGGGACGCUCCCUCCCUCUUCCUUGGCGGCCUCCCAAAGCGCUGGGCCGGGAGUAGAAGUUUCUGCCUGCUUGGGGGUCCUUUGCUCACCCGGGCUUGCACUUUGUGCGUCUUUCUCCUCCCUAGCACUUCUCCCUCCACACCUGGGCCCGUCGGGCCUGCUUGGAUUGCGGGUCCGCGGCGCCCCGCCUUGCCAUCUCUUCUGUCAGCGCUCCCGGACUCUUCCUCGCUCCCUGCGACUCCCGGCGAAAAAGAUUUUCUUCAAAAAAUGGAUGGGAUGUCUUCAGAAGCUAAUGAAGAAAAUGACAAUAUGGAAAGACCUCUUAGAAGAAGACAUUCCUCAAUUUUGAAACCCCCGAGGAGUCCUCUUCAGGAUCUCAGAGGUGGGAAUGAAACAGUUCCGGACUCUAAUGCUUUGAGAAAUAAGAAAAGCUCCCGUCGAGUCAGCUUUGCAGAUACUAUAAAAGUAUUCCAGACAGAGUCUCAUAUGAAAAUAGUAAAGUCAGAAAUUGCAGAAACAGAUGCAGGAGAAAAGGUUCUAUUUAUACAGAACAAGAAUCCAGAAGAUAACUACUGUGAGAUUACUGGAAUGAACACAUUGCUCUGUGCUCCCAUUCAGUCUCAGAUGCAACAGAGAGAGAUUUCAGUUGCAGAACACAGCCAUGAAAAGAAACAUGCACAUGACCGGACAGUCGUCUUUUCAGAUGAAAACCAGAUGGAUCUAACAACAAGUCACACUGUGAUGAUUACCAAAGGCCUUUUAGAUUGUACCAAAAGUGAAAAAUCCACUAAGAUAGAUACCACAUCAUUUCUGGCUAACUUAAAGCUCCAUACUAAGGAUUUAGGAAUGAAAAAGGAAUUAAAUUUUUCCAUGGAUCAAAGCACUUCUUCAGAAAAGAAAAUAAAUUUUAAUGACUUCAUAAAAAGAUUGAAAACAGGAAAAUCUAAUGCUUUAACAGGACCGGAUAAAGAAAAUUUUGAGAUAUCUGUUCAUCCCAAAGAAUCAAAUAGGGCCUCUUCUGUACAUCAAAUGCAUGUAUCUCUUAGGGUAGAUGAAAACAGCAAUAAUAUGACUAGAAUCUUUAGAGAACAAGAUGAUGAGAUGAAUUUCACCCAGUGUCAUACAGCCAAUAUUCAGACUUUGGUUCCCACAUCCAGUGAGACCAGCUUAAGGGAAUUUAAAGGUGAUAAUAUUACAAUUUAUGGCAAUGACUUUAUGGACUUGACAGUUAAUCACACUAUCCAGAAUUUGCCCUCAGCAGAUAAUUUAUCUAAUACAGAAAAUCAAACUCAGAAUGUCAUGAUGGAUAUUCCAACAGCUUAUGGAACUAAAGCUCCAGGAAAGAAGACAUUCUUAAAGAAUAAACUGAAUGCUGCUUUUCAAGACCCUUCUUUCAACCCUAAGGGUGAAAUACAUACUAUCAGAAGUCCUAUUACAGAGACAGAAACUCACAUAGUCACACAGACUUCUAACCAAGAUGCCAGAACAUUGGCCAUGAUCCCAGAAUCUAUAUGUGUGAGCCCAGCUACUCAAGAUCAUAAAACAUUUUUCUAUUCUAGCAGUAAUGAUGCUAUGGAACUAACCAAGGGUCUCUCAGGUAUGAGAGAAGAGAAGAAUUUACUGAAGAAUGAGAGUAAUUAUUCUAAAAUAUAUCCCAAUCCAGAUACCAUGUCUAUUGUCACAGAGAAAACUGUUUAUUUAGGAGAGGAUAGCAUGGACAUUACCAGGAGUCAUACAGUUGCAAUAGAUAAUCAGAUUUUUAAACAAGAUCAGACAAACAUACAUAGAGCAGACACACCAGUAUCUGAAAAAGAAAUGAUGCUCCAAAAUCUCAAAACCAUGUCAGAGGAUGAGGAAAUAAAUAUAAAUUGUAGCUCAGUUCCUCAUGAAUUUAAGGGAAGAUUACAGCAGAGCCUGGCAAAUUCUUUAUCCUUUUCAUUGACUGACAAAAAGACUGAAAUAUUCACAGAUGAAGAUAUGGAUUUGACUAGAAGCCACACAACUAACCUAGGAAGUCAAGUUCCUCUUGCAUCUUACAAUCUAACAUCUGAGAAUACCAGUAAAUUUCACUCUCAAAGCAAAAGCUCUUCAAAUGAAUGGGAAGAAAUGACCAAAAGUCAUAUGGAACCAUCCCAACAGCCAGACAAAAUAGCUAAAAACACCCCAAAUGACACCUGGGGCAAAGACAAAGAUCAAGUUUUCAAGAUUGCACCCUAUCUUGACAAAGAUUCUCGUCACUCAGCUGAUGCUAAUCAAGACACAGCAACAAGCCAUAUGGUAUACUCUGGUGGAAAUCUUGAGAAACAAGUAAUACUGGGAAAUAGUGGAAAUACAGUUUUAUGUCAGCAACCUUUAUUUCCUACCACAGAGUCAUUUUCUGUAUUAGAAGGACAGUCUACCAUGAAGAAUCAUAAUAUUGCUGUUAACAGUUACACAGUGAAAUCUGCACCAGGUCAGAAUUCUAAACUGCCUGAGCCACUAAGGAAAAGUUUAGGCAAUCCCACACUUGACUGUUCUCAUGACAAGACAAUUAUUUGUUCAGAGGAAGAACAAAAUAUGGAUCUAACCAAGAGUCAUACUGUUGUCAUUGGAUUUGGUCCUUCUGAGGUACAAGAAUUGGGUAAGACUGAUUUAGAAAAUACUAACAGCCAGCUGACAACAGUAAACAAACAGAUAGCUGUAAAAGUUGAAAAAUGUAGUAAAACUCCUGCAGAGAAAAUUGGAGUAUUUGUUUCUAAUGAUAACAUAGAUGUGUUGGAGGACAAAAGUAUACAGAAACUUGGAUUUCUGAAUGAAAAGCAAGAUGUCAAAAUUUGUGGAAGGAAAAGUGUUGGCAGACUAAAAGUUGAUGAGACUAUUGUAUUUUCAGAGGGUGAUGAGAAUGAUAUGGAUAUCACCAAGAGUUUUACAGUGGAAAUAAAUCAUAAACCUUUAUUAAAUGAACAAGAUUUUCAUUUGGUGCCUUUGGCAGGAACUUCUAAAACUGUUUUGUAUACGUGUGGGCAAGAUGACAUGGAGGUUACUAGAAGUCACACAACUGCUAUAGAAUGUAAAACUGUCUCACUGGACGAAAUCACUAGGCCUGUUGACAAAACUGUAAUGUUUGUAGAUAAUUACAGUGAACUGGAAAUGACAAAGUCCCACACUGUUUUCAUUGACUACCAAGCAAAGGAUAGGACUGUGUUUACAGACAGACCUGACUUUGAACUAUGCAAAAGAAAAAGCCCAGAAAAGCCAAGAGUGACAUUUCCUUCUGCAGAGGACAGUGUUUUCUUUCCAGAGAAUGGUGAAAGUGACCAUUCAGCAGCAAAAGUCAACAAGCUAACACCACUGACAGAAUGGCCUAACAUUGGUCCUAUAGAGAAAGCUGUAGGAUUUAUAGCUGGUGAUAACAUGGAAGUGCCUAAAUCAACCAUUUGGAAAAAUGACAAAGAUGUACCAAAGCCUGAACUUCUGAAUGAUACUAUAUCACGCAAAAGUCAGAGAAGGAAAAGCCUUAGUCUUAAAAAUGACAAAACUGCAUUUUUCAAAAAUGAUAAAAAUGGUAUGGAUAUCACCCAGAGUUGUACAGUGAAAAUAAGUAACAAAAGUGUCCUGGAAGAUAGAGAGGAUUCCUGUUUGGUGCCUUUGGCAGGAACUUCUAAAACUGUUUUGUAUACAUGUGGGCAGGAUGACAUGGAGAUGACUAGAAGUCACACAACUGCCUUAGAAUGUGAAACUGUCUCACCAGAUAAAAUAACUACUAGGUCUAUGGACAAAACUGUAAUGUUUGUAGAUAAUCACUGUGAUCUGGAAGUUACCAAAUCCCAUACUGUUUUCAUUGAUUGUCAAGCCACAGAGGAAAUUCUUCAAGAGUGCCCUAAAUUUGGAAUAGCUAAAGGAAAAACCUUGGGUAUUUCUUUUCAUAAUGAUGGUCACUCUAUUCAAGAACUCACUGAAAAACAAGCACUGGCUGUAGAAAACAAAAUUGUUUACUCUGAGCAAAAGCAUCAUGUGAUACCCUCUGUUCCUAUUAAUACAUUGUCUGGGGGUCAAAGUCAGUUAGAAAUUAUCAAAUUCAAUAGCACUGUGGAUGAACAGGCCAUGGGGAAAGUUGUAGACCAGGCCUAUACAUUGGAAAAAGCCAAAACUGAAAGCUGUCAGUUAAAUAGUACAGAUAGAAGAAACAUGGAUAUUACAAACAGUCAUGCAACUGCUAUGUGUGGAUCCAGUGAUAAUUAUUCCUGUUUACCAAAUGCUAUUUCCUAUUUUGACAGUUUGGGGGGGAGUGUCAUGUCCUCAGAUGAUAAAGAUGAGAAAGCCAGUAAUUGCCCAAUGCAAAACGAUCUUGUUUAUGCAAACAAUUUAGCCAAUGAAUAUUACUUGAAAUCUGAGGGACUGCCUCUCUCUGCUUCUUGUUCUUUGUUAGAGGAAGAAGUUACUCAAACCAUUACCAAAGGACACUUAGACUGUGCUAUAACAGUGCUCAAAGAUCAAGAUCUGAUUAAGGAGCCCCAAAAUGUGAUAGCUAAUCAAACUUUAAUAUAUAGUCAAGAUCUGGGGGAGGUAACUAAACCUAAUUCAAAGCGAGUAUCUUUUAAGCUCCCAAAGGAUCAAAUGGAGGGCUUUGUUGAUAAGGCAGAACAUAAUUUAAAGAUGACCUUUGUUGAUGAUGUCUGUGUGGCUUCUAAGCCUCAUCUCUCAACCCAGCUACCUCCAUUAUCUCAACAAGGACAAAUAAUUGUGAAUAAAGAUGAAACAGUAUUGUCUAACACUGGAAAUAAGGAUUUAAAUAUUGUUAUGGGAAAUUCUUCUGUACCCACAUGUGCAAAUGAGUCCAAAAUGCUCAAUAAUGCCCAACAGUAUACUAUAGCCUGUAAAAAAGAGCUGAGGAAAAAUAUUCAGGCAGCUAAAUACAAUACAGAUUUCCACAGUAACUCUGACUUGACUAAGCAAGUUAUUCACACUCAUGCUAAUUCUAGAGAAGCAUCAUCUCCUGAAAUUGCAUCUAAUACUGCAAGUUUUAGUAGUGUCAAAUCAGAUCUGAAUAAUUUGAAUGGAAAAACUGAAGAAUUUUUAGAUUUCCAAACUGCUCAUAUACCACCUUCUCCAGAACAAUUACUUGCAUUGGUAAAUAAGGCACACAAUCAUAUGAGUAUAGAGCAAGCUACAGAAAUACAUAAUAUUAACACAGUGUCCGGCAAUGUUGAAGAUGAUGGAGAUAAAGAAAAUAAAAUUUCUCAUAAUGGAACUGAAACUGUCUCUGUACCACUCACAGUUGUAAAAGAUAAAGUAAGGAGACGUUCUUUGGGAAUAUUUUUGCCCAGAUUGCCAAAUAAGAGAAAUUGUAGUGUCACUGGUAUUGAUGACCUGAAGCAGAUUCAAGGAGAUACAGCUGAUUUAAGUCACUUAGAAACUCAACCAGUCUUCAGUAAGGAAUCAAGCAUUGAGUUUGUUGCAACUAAGCUGAACUUAAGUCCAUCUCAAUAUAUAAAUGAGGAAAACCUUCCUAUAUACCCUGGUGAGAUUAAUUCCUCAGACUCUAUUAUCAUAGAAACUGAGGAAAAGUCUUUGAUUGAGACAUAUCAAAGAGAGAUUUCACCAUCUGAAAAUAAUGUAAGAGAAACCAGUAAUAGCCAAAAAAGAACCUGGACACAAGAAGAAGAUGAUAUUCAGAAUGAGACAAAAAUCAGAAAAAGUGAGAUUAGGUUUAGUGAUACUCCACAAGAUCAGGAGAUUUUUGAUCACCAUGCUGAAGGCGAUAUAGAUAAAAAUGCUAACAGUGUAUUAAUAAAGAGCCUAAGCAGGACACCAUGUAGUUGCAGCAGUUCUCUGGAUUCGAUCAAGGCCGAUGGGACUUCUCUGGACUUCAGCACACACCACAAUAGUCAAAUGGAAUCACAGUUCCUCAGAGACACUAUUUGUGAAGAGAGCUUGAAGGAGAAACUCAAAGAUGGGAAAAUUACAAUAAAGGAGUUCUUUAUACUUCUUCAGGUCCACAUUUUGAUACAGAAACCCCGACAGAGCAAUCUCCCAACCAGAUUUACUGUAAACACACCACCUACUCCAGAAGACGUGAUGUUAAGUCAAUAUGUUUACCGACCCAAGAUACAGAUUUAUAGAGAAGAUUGUGAGGCUCUUCGCCAAAAGAUUGAAGAAUUAAAGCUAUCUGCACUGAACCAGGAUAAACUGUUGACUGAUGUAAAUAGGAACCUGUGGGAAAAAAUGAGACACUGCUCUGAUGAGGAGCUGAAGGCCUUUGGAAUUUACCUGAACAAAAUAAAGUCACGUUUUACCAAGAUGACUAAAGUCUUCACUCACCAAGGAAAAGUGGCUCUCUACAGCAAGCUGGUACAGUCAGCUCAGAAUGAGAGGGAGAGACUUCAGACAAGGAUAGAUGAAAUGAACAACAUACUUAAGAAGAUUGAGAAAUGUCUCACUGAGGUGGAAAUAGAAACUAAGAAUUUGGAGGAUGAAGAGAAAGACAAUCCUAUGGAAGAAUGGAAUUCAGAAAUGAGAGCUGCAGAGAAAGAACUGGAACAGUUGAAAACUGAAGAAGAAGAGCUCCAAAGAAAUCUCUUAGAACUGGAAGUACAGAAAGAGCAGACCCUUGCUCAAAUAGACUUCGUGCAAAAACAAACAAAUAGAACUGAAGAGCUACUGGAUCAGUUGAGCGUGUCUGAGUGGGAAGUCAUCGAGUGGAGUGAUGAUCAAGCUGUGUUCACCUUUCUUUAUGACACAAUAGAACUUACCAUCACCUUUGGAGAGCCAGCAGUUGGUCUCCCUUUCCUGGACAAGGCUUUCAGGAAGAUUGUUGACCUGAAUUUUCAGUCUCUGUUAGAUGAGGACAAAGCUCCUCCUUCCUCCCUUUUAGUUCAUAAGCUUAUCUUCCAGUACAUUGAGGAACAAGAAUCCUGGAAGAAGAAAUGUAAAACACAGCAUGAGGUUCCCAAGAUGCUUCAAGAAAUUUCACUUGUAGUGAGCCAUUGUAGACUCCUUGGAGAAGAAAUUGAGUUUUUAAAGAGAUGGGGACCAAAUUAUAACCUAAUGAACAUAGAUGUGACUAAUACCGAAUUGAGGCUUUUAUUCUCCAGCUCUGCAGCAUUUGCAAAGUUUGAGAUAACUUUACCUCUCUCAGUUCAUUUUCCAACUGUACGCUUACCUUUUUCCAUUCAAAAUCACAUUGGAAACAUUGGCCAAGAUGAAAUCACUGCAAUUCUAUCUAAAGUGCCACUGGAGGACAACUACCUAAAGAAUGUAGUCAAGCAAAUUUACCAAGAUCUACUUCAGGACUGCCAUUUCUACCACUAGACCUAUGGACUACAGCUAUAAUAACCAAGCAUAGCGCACAUCAUAAUGAUAUUACAUCGGAGUAUCCAUUGCUAUUUAAUCUUUGUCUUUAGGUCAUAGAAAGAAGCCUCAUAAAAUUCCUCCUGAUGAUGUUA